UCAAACCAUGUGCUGAUUUGUGUCUGGCUGCAAGCUGGUGAGGACACUGUGCGGGACCCUCUGUGUGAGGCACACGGCCUGGAGGAUGGCUUUCAGGGGGAGGAAGGAUGUCACCUUCUUGGACAGAUCAUAAAUGUAGGAAAGCCCUCGGGCAGGGAGGGUGCCUUGGUGGGCGGGAAGUGCAGGAGUCAGUGGCCGGGCAGAUGAUGUCAGGGGCCUGCAUGGUGUGGGACCUGGGAGUGCAGAGCUCCUGAUACUUGUGUCUGGCAGUCGGCAAGGGCUCCUGGCAUCAGGAGGGGAUGAGGCCCGGACUCCUUGGGCUGCUGUCUUUCAGGGGGGCAGUGGCAGGGAAUUCCACUGGAUUCAAUGUCUGUGUGGGCACAGAAGGUGAGCCUUGGGGACCGGGAGGAGCCACAUCCCCAGCCCCACAUCCAGAGAGAGGUCCACGCUGUGGCCACAGCAGAGAAGCAGGAGAUGGUGCAGGAGGAACUAUCUUCAAUGUGGGAUAUGUCUAGGAGUCAGUUUGGACAGGGGAAGAAACCUCUAGAUACAUUUUUCUGGGCAAAUGAGAUAACUGGAGAGAUCACUUACCCUCCACUGAAAGCUGGCGCACCUGCAGCUUCUCCUGAGAGACCGGGAGAGUGGUCAGGGUCUCAGUGUGAGGGUGCGCGGGGGGCUCCCCCCAGUCCCCAGGGCCUGGCCGCUGCAUCUGCCCACAGGUCUGCCCCUCUGCUCUCCCCUGAGGCUUCAGCGGAAGACAAAGACUUAAGAAGCACCCUCCCACCCACCGUGACCCAGGUCAAGGCUGGGGUGCUGAGGCCCCUGAGGCUCUCAGAAAUCCCUGUCACCAUCUCACCUCCCGGACAGACUCUGUCAGCACUUGGAGCACUGGGCGCCCUGGGCCCAAUCCCUCAGCCACAAGCCUCGACCUUCUCUGUCAGCUCUUCUGCCCCCUGGGCCUUCACCUACAAGCUGAAAAAUGUCCUUACUGGGAAUAACCGAUUUUCCUUCUGA